AUGUAUAGACGAGCCUUUUCACUGUUAUUGAUUAAUUUCUUCUAUAAUUUUAUUACACAUGUAAAGAGUCCAUGUGAUUUAUAUGCCUUCAUUUCUAUAUCACGCAACACAGAAAUCGGUAAUGGAUAUGGUGUACCUGGCGGAGGUGCCUAUAAUGAUGUUCCCAAGCUUAACGAUGAUGAUGCUGGUAAAGAUGCAUCUGGUCAGCCUGAAUCUACACUUGAUAGAUGUUCAGAGCAGAAACCUGCAGCUAAAGAACUGCCAGAGUACCUCAAGCAGAAGUUAAAAGCUUGGGGUAUUCUUAAAGAUGAUAGACAUACCGCAGAUCUUAAAGGUACUUCAGGUGAAUUUAUGGGAAAUGAAAAGUUGCCUCCAGGAUGGGUGGAAGCAAAAGAUCCAGGAAGUGGUGCAUUCUAUUAUUAUGAUGAAAGUACCAGGAAGAGUCAAUGGGAAAAGCCCUGUGAAGCAUCCUUAACUGAGCAAUCAACACCAUGUUUGGGUCUUCCAAAAAGUUGGGUGGAGGCAUUGGACGAAACAACAGGUUCAUCACUUACAUAUCCUGCUGUUGCAUUUGAUCAUUUAUGA